AUACUGCCGUAAGGGCUCUACCGUCUGUCCGGAUCGGACUCUAAUCUCGGAGUCGCGAGCGAGUGGAGUUUGAGUCACGACUUCCUGGGUUCUUUCCGUCGUAUCGUACGUGCGCGUACUUGGCUCGAUACCGUUUCCCUGCAAAAGUACGCAUCGAUACUUUUGACGGGACGAGUGAAACGUUGCGCCCCGAGUGACUCGUGUCGGCUAUUCUCGAGCGCGUUUUAGUUUCUUUUUUAACGAUGAAAAGUACGAGGGCGGAUACCGAUCGCGCGGCCCUGAGCCGCCAUUGUUGCGUCAGGCCGCCGAGAGACGCGCGCAGCCCGCGUAUAUAUUACUACGCACGCUCUCCCCCUCAUCCCGUUCGGCGGCUCGCGACGUCUCGGAGCCAACAGCUGUUCCGAGAGACGAGCGAACCCCCCAUUGUAAUCUGGGUCACGGGUACUGCGCAAAAUGGCCCAUCGUCACGACGGCAUCGACGCUGCUCGCCGGGCGAAGCGUCGCCGACCCGGCGAUCCUGGACACGGCUGUCCGUCGCAGACGCGACGUAUCGGGUGCACUACGUGCUUCCGCGCUCGUCCGUCAACGAGCUUGACUGACCGCCAACCGAGAGAGCCGCGCGUGGAUUGGCCGGCGGGCCUCGCGCGCGUGAGUCUUGAAUUCAUAGCAAUAUGGCGAGAAAGAGAUAGAGAGAGAGAGGGGAGCGACAUCAUCGUCCGAAUGAGCCUUUUGAAAUAUUUUGUAAUUUGUUCUCGAGAGGAGAAUUGGAAAAAUUGAGAAUAUAGAACAAUGCAGAAUAAGAUUUAAUGUCCCUAUUGUUUUCUUUUCUUUAUUUAUGCGCCUAAUCUUAACACAUGACGUAUGCGAGUCGAUCUGCGAGCCGCCCGCAUGGCUCGUUCGCAAGUAACCAAGAUAUUCGUUUCUGGACAAAAUCUAACGAGUCAACUCGGUCCUGCCGGAAAUUCUAAUAAAUAGGAAAGAGGCAUCAAUGUCAUAAAAAAAUUGGAGAUCAAUACUAGCAAAGUUGCAUAAUAAUAUGCAACGCAAAUCGUGACAAAUUAUUCCAUGAAAAUGAUUAGAAACGUUGCGGUGGGUAUAUCAGGUGGUGUUGAUAGCGCCGUGACGGCCCUUCUACUUAAAAAUAAAGGAUUUAAUGUCACUGGAGUAUUUAUGAAGAACUGGGACAUUAGAGAUGAAACAGGAAAUUGUACAGUUGAGAAGGAUUACGAGGAUGCUCGGUGGAUUUGCGAUAAAUUAAAGAUUCCUUUGAUACAGCUUGAUUUUGUAAAGGAAUAUUGGAACGAAGUCUUUAGUGAUCUUUUAGAAAAGUAUCAGACUGGAUAUACUCCCAAUCCAGAUAUUUUGUGCAACAAGAACAUCAAGUUUAAUAAAUUUUUUGAUGUUGCACGUAAUAGAUUUCAAGCAGAUGCAAUUGCGACAGGCCAUUAUGCUAAUACAAGCUUUGGACCUUAUUUGGAAAACUUUAAAGAAAACACUAAUGUACACUUAUUACAAGCAUAUGACAGUAAUAAAGAUCAAACAUUUUUUUUAAAUCAAAUACCGCAACAAACUUUGAGACGUUGCAUGUUUCCUCUUGGAAAUUAUUUGAAAAAUCAUGUAAAAACGAUAGCUAAAGAAGCAAGUUUGCAUAAGAUAGCACAGAAAAAGGAGAGCAUGGGUAUUUGCUUUGUUGGUAAACGUGAGUUUCAAGAUUUUAUUUCAGAGUAUAUAGAUGAUAAACCUGGUGAAUACGUAGACCUAGACAGUGGACUGUCGAUAGGCAAACACAAUGGCAUUCAUAAAUUGACAAUAGGACAAAGAUGUAGAAUCGGUGGUUGCGAGAAUGCUUAUUAUGUGUUUAGCAAGGAUCAGAAAACAAAUACCAUUAUAGCGGUGGACAGUGGAAUCCAUCCAGCAUUAUAUACUGAUUUUCUGAUAACACAGGAUGUUCAUUGGAUCAGUGAGGAGCCACAUGAAUUAAGACAUAGUGGUGUGUUGAGUUGUGACUUUCGCUUCCAACAUAGGAAUCCAUUAAUCACUUGUAAUGUGUACAAAAUAUCCGACAAUCGUCUAUUUAUCCGCCUUAGCGUACCUUUACGAGCAAUUACAAAAGGACAGUAUGCUGUUUUAUAUUCUGGAGAGGAAUGUUUGGGUGGCUCAAUAAUAUCAUAUCCAGGACCAUCUUUUUUUGCGCUUAAUCAACAAAACUCUAUAAUCGAAACUCGUUGUUGUGAUUUGAUAGCAUUAACUUCAGGGGUACAAAUGUAAAUAUUUUUAUAAACUUUAAAAGAAAUAAAAUCUAUUUAUCAAAGAUCAUUUAAAC